AUGUCGUCCGCAUCGAGUUCCUCGUCCGAGGUCUCGGAUGCAGAAGCCAGUUCUGACGAUGGUCAGACUGGAGCUGCCGUUGAGGACGACGGCAAGGACGGCGGCAAGCAAGAAGAGCCAAGCGAAAAGGUUGAGAAGGCAGAGGAAGAGGACAGUGGCGUGUGGGGCCACUUGGACAGUGUGCUUCCAAGCCACGAAAGGCAGAGGCUAGAACGUGAGGCUGUUUUGAGAAAACAAGAGGAGGAGAAGGAGAGAGCAGCUGAAGCCGCUGUCUACGUGGGGAAGCCAGACAUGCGGCCGAGCUGGGAUGGGGGAGGUUGGGGUGGUCCCAAAGACGGCUACGACAUGGACACGAGAUACAUGUUGAGGGGUGAGGCGCGGGAGCUCCCCGACCAUAUCUACCAGAAGUGGAAAUUCCAGAAGAACGAUGAGCACUUGAGAAUCCAAGUUAUGACGAAGGACAAAAAGAAGAAGGCAAAGAAGAAAAAGGGCAAGGGCACGGAUGUUCCCCGCAAGAAGAAGGACAAGAAGGAGAAGGAUAAGAAGAAGAAAAAAAACAAGAAAGAGAAAAGCAAGAAGGACAAAAAGGCCGGAAAGAAAAAGCGCAAGGACACGGAAUCGUGA